AAUUUUAGCCAUGGAGAAGUUUUAUUUCUACCUUUCUGCCUGCUUUAUGUUCUGGUUCGUUUAAUCACUGGACAGCUCCAUUUACGCACGCGUAUGGGGUCAUUGGAGACACAUAAUCCAAUGGGAGAACGACGGUCGGGUGUGUAGAUUACUCAGCACGGGGUCUGAAUAUCACGCACCGGCACAGACGAGGAGACUACCUGUUCAGCUCUACCUGACCACCAAGAGGGAUUUCAACAGACAUCACCCACCUUCUGCAACAAAUAGAUCCUCUAGAACUAGAACAUUGGUUCUGGAGGAGAGCAUUCGAUCGAAACCCAGCAUAUUCUGAAUGCACUGCGCGCAGUGAGUCAGACGUCUCGGUUCUGGGCUCUUCGCCAUUGUCCGCGACUGCACGAGCGCAGCCAGAAAUCAACCGCACGUCACAUCCCCGAGGGAUACGGAGCCGGUGGCGGAAUACCCAGGAGCGCGUCCGCCUCCCCAAGGAGGCACCGGCUCGACUUCCAACGGUACUGGUCUCGGGGCUCUCCAGGAGUUCUCAGGCAGUGGGAUCCCGAAGGGGAGGACGAAACCCUGCUCGGGAUGAUGUCAGCCUGCCGGUUCGGCGACAGGUCUCUGCGUCACGGGUUAGGAGCGAGGAGAUUACACAUGGUCGCGGCACAAACCAGGCGCGACACGAGAAACCAGAAGCAUCAACCCAGGCACCCACAUCUGGGUACGUGAAUAAUACAGAGGGUGCAAACACUAGACAACGCGCCCCGCGCACUGCCAAAGCAGUGGAUUCCAUUACCUCAUCCAGACGCAUUCCAGCUCCAGAAUCAAAUGCAUCUCCAACUGCUCUGAGUGCGCUUUCUGACAAUGGCGUGGACUCACUCACAGCCCCAGCAAUCACUCGCUCGCAGCCCCAGCAAUCACUCGCUCGCAGCCCCAGCAAUCACUCGCUCGCAGCCCCAGCAAUCAAGGACGGU